GCAGCCUCCACGCUGCCAGCAGAGCCAGCCCAGCAAGGCAUCUGCAGCACACACAGCUGAGUCCUUUGGACAUUGAGGAGGAACCCACAGCAGGAGGAGGCUGUGGAAUCCUGGGACACUUCUGCCUUCCUAGUUGGCAGAGGCUCAGAAUUCUUUGAGUGCUGUCAAACUGAGCUGAUUGCUGCUCUAGUACUAGAUCGGUCCAUAGAAAGUGGGAGCAAUGGCGGCGACACUGCUAGAGGAUUGGUGCAAGGGAAUGGACAUGGACCCCAGAAAGGCCCUGCUGAUCGUGGGCAUCCCUGUGGACUGCAGUGAGGCGGAAAUUAUGGACACCGUGAAGGCAGGCUUGCAGCCCCUAUGCGCGUACAGGGUGGUGGGGAGAAUGUUCAGGAGGGAAGACAAUGCUAAGGCAGUCUUCAUUGAAUUGGCUGACACUGUCGAUUAUGCUACUCUGCCCCGUGAGAUACCGGGAAGUGGGGGCUCCUGGGAGGUGGUGGUAAAGCCCCGUAACCCAGAUGACGAGUUUCUCAGUAGACUGAACUACUUCCUGAAAGAUGAGGGCCGUAGAAUGAUAGAUUUGGCCAGAGCCCUAGGAUGGGUCGGCUUACCUGCAGAGAGCCUGGAGGCAGAGAUCAUGCCCCGAGUUACCCCCCCACCUUUGGAGCCUCUGAAAGAAAGUAGGUGGUACCGGAAACUGAAAUCGUUUUCGGGAACUGCUUUCCCUAGCCCAGGCGAAGAGCCCUUUGAGGUCUGGCUAGAGCAGGUCACUGAGCUCAUGCCCGUAUGGCAAGUGUCUGAAAUGGAGAAGAGGCGGCGUUUGCUGGAGAGCUUACGCGGGCCUGCUCUGUCAAUCAUGCGGGUGCUCCGAGCUAACAAUGACUCCAUAACUGUGGAGCAGUGCCUUGACGCCCUAAAGCAGAUCUUUGGGGGUAAAGAGGACAUUAGAACCUCCCAGUUUAGGUUUCUGCAGACCUUUCCGAAGGCUGGAGAGAAAGUCUCAGCUUUCCUGCUGCGCUUAGAGCCCCUGUUGCAGAAAGCCGUGCAGCACAGCCCCACAUCGGCGCGCAGCACAGACACGAUUCGCCUGAAGCAUGUCUUAGCUCGGGUCUCCAUGACUGCUGCCCUCCGGGGCAAGCUGGAGAUCCUGGAUCAGCGAGGGUGUUCUCCCACUUUUCUGGAGUUAAUGAAGCUCGUUCGAGAUGAGGAGGAGUGGGAGACCACUACAGCAGUGAUGAAGGAUAAGCAGAAGCCUUCAGGAAGAGGCCGCGGUAGACAGGCAAGAGCAGAAGUCAGUGUGUCUGCCCCUCAGGUCACUGUGCAGCCGGGCUCUUUUAUGGACAGCAGCACCCAGACCAUUCAGGGAAGCUUAACCCCGUUAGUGAAGCGCAGGCGGCUGUCAUGCAGUGAAAGCCCUGGGGAAGACUGCGGCCAUGCCAUGUGUCCCAAGGAGGAAAACCAGACUCCAGACAGGGAGGGGCCACAGGCCGAAGGAGCGGUGUCGGGAAACGAGUCAGGGGCUGGGGCCAUGAGCCAUCCCAAGCCCUGGGAAGUAUAGGCUCACAAGACCCAGGCACUCCUUCCCCUGGCACGCAGCAGGGACCUUUUAACAAGGGGAAAGGACAGCUUACACAAAUAGGGGACUUGAUUGGGGCAGAGGGACAGGGAAGCCAGGUUGAGACCAAGUCCCCUUACUUUCUACCAAUUGGAAAGGACUUUACCAACCAAGACCAAAUAGCAUGUGGUUCAGUGGGGGCCAGGCCCAUGGGCCCUAAGAGGUACAGCAGACACAAGCAGGGAGCCACUACAGUUAGCACAUGGGGUGCCGGGGCUUUAGAUGAGGGCCCCAACAUAGCAGAGGCUGAAGAAGGUGUGUCUGAGGGCUCUGGCCUGCUCAUCUGGCCACCCCCAAAUACCCACCCUGUGGACUUCGAUCCCCAGGCCAUGUGGGGCCUGGAGGAGCCUGCCUGGGGCUUGCCCCUGCCAGGAGCCAGGGCUGGAGAGGAAGAGCUGUGGGGC